CUUAAACCAGUGGUAGAUAGUCUCUAAAUUUGAUUGUGAUAGAAUACGACAUUUUAACGUUUGACUCUUGUGCAUCGAAAUGAAAGUAAAAGUAAACCGGAUUUAGCGUGCUGUUUGCUGAGGAAACUGUGAUCUUGUGACAGUUUUUUAAGCAUGGCGAGCGAGUCAGUAGUCGGGGCGACGGGGUCAGUAGAUGGGGCGACGGAGGAACUGCAGUAUGACGAGAUGUUUAAGACGAGGUACACAGACGAAGAUGAGGAGUAUAUGGCGACGGUCAACGCCCCCGCCCAACCCCCACCAUGUGUCAAAAACUGGUUCCCAAAAUCCAGGGGAAACUUCAGAAAUAGGGGUGGAUACCAAGAUCGUGGAGACAGACGAGGGGGCUAUAACCGUGACAACUACAACAACAGAAGAGGUCAUCACCAUGGUUACAGGGAAGAUCGUCGUGGUUACAGGGAAGAUCAUCGUGGUUACAGGGAAGAUAACCGUGGUUACAGAGAACAUGGCAGUGGUGGUUAUAACCAAGGUCAUUACCAUGACAACAGGAGUUAUGGGGGAUAUAGAGACAGGGAUCAAAGAUGAUUUAAAUUUUUUUUUUUUUACAUUUGGUUCCACCUGUUCCAGCCGAUAUCAUAUAUAUAUAGGUGCGGAGGCGGAGGUGACCUGUAAUGUUGUACCUAUGGUUCUGUUAUAUGAGGAGAACCAUUUAAUCGUGGUUAUGUGGAGAUUUACAGCCUUCACGUCUAAAAUACAGUUCUAUAACAUAUUUUCCUGUAAACACAGCACAGUUUCAAUUCUGUAAGAUCAUAUACAUUGUUAUCUUUUUCUUGAUUAGUAUGAUUAAAUAAAUACUGAUGUUGAUAUUAGUUUAAGAAAUAAAUUUCAUUUUUGAAAAUACACAAGGGAAUGGACUGUCAGACUUUGCACCAGCAUGUAAUUCAUAGAGCGUGUUAGCACUUCAUGAAAAGUAUGGUAGCGAGAAGCUUUGAUGUUCAUACCUAUGCAAAAUCAGAUUUAUUUUUAAAUGUACAUUUUCCUUUCAUUUCUGUUGGAAUUUCCCGUCGUUGAAAUCGUUGUACUAGAUUCAUUUACACACAGUUAAUAUGAGGAUAUGUGUAUCAUUUAAAAGACAUUGAGAACAAAAACAAUGAAUUUGUAAAUAUCAAACAAUGACUGAAAGAUUUUGCAACGUGUACACAAAUUAUAAGUUUCGUAUACGCUAUGUAAAUUGUAACAGUUUUCGUAUACCUUAUGUAAAUUGUAAGUUUCGUAUACGCAAUGUAUAUUGUAACAGUUUCGUAUAGUUAUGUAAAUUGUAACAGUUUCGUAUACGCUAUGUAAAUUGUAACAGUUUCGUAUACGCUAUGUAAAUUGUAACAGUUUCGUAUAUGCUAUGUAAAUUGUAACAGUUUCGUAUACACUAUGUAAAUUGUAACAGUUUCGUAUACACUAUGUAAAAUUGUAACAGUUUCGUAUACACUAUGUAAAUUGUAACAGUUUCGUAUACCCUAUGUAAAUUGUAAGUUUUGUAUACGCUAUGUAUAUUGUAACAGUUUCGUAUACGCUAUGUAAAUUGUAACAGUUUCGUAUACGCUAUGUAAAUUGUAACAGUUUCGUAUAUGCUAUGUAAAUUGUAACAGUUUCGUAUACGCUAUGUACUAAAUUGUAACAGUUUCGUAUACGCUAUGUAAAUUGUAACAGUUUCGUAUAUGCUAUGUAAAUUGUAACAGUUUCGUAUACGCUAUGUACUAAAUUGUAACAGUUUCGUAUACGCUAUGUAAAUUGUAACAGUUUCGUAUACGCUAUGUAAAUUGUAACAGUUUCGUAUACGCUAUGUAAAUUGUAACAGUUUCGUAUACGCUAUGUAAAUUGUAACUGUUUCGUAUGUAAACGCUAUGUAGAUGCGAAAUAAAUAGUGGGAAGAAA